AUGACGGGUAAGCAGUGGAGCAGCCGGGACUCGAACCCUUCACAGGCACAGAAGCUCAUCCCUGCUCAGAAGCCUGUGCAGAAGCUGAAGCAGGCACAGGCGGCCAGUGUGCCUCGACCUGUCUCCAAGCCACCAAAUAACACCCCGAAGAGCGAACAGCCCCCACCAUCAGCACCCGGAAAUAAUCCUGAAAAGGAACUGACAUCAAACCAGGAAAAUGAAGAAUGUAAAAAAAGGCAGUGGACUUUGGAAGAUUUUGACAUUGGUCGUCCACUGGGUAAAGGAAAGUUUGGUAAUGUUUAUUUGGCAAGAGAGAAACAAAGCAAGUUUAUCCUGGCCCUCAAAGUGUUAUUUAAAGCUCAGCUGGAGAAAGCAGGCGUGGAGCAUCAGCUCCGAAGGGAAGUGGAAACCCAGUCCCACCUGCGGCAUCCUAAUGUUCUCAGACUCCAUGGCUACUUCCAUGAUGCCACCCGAGUGUACCUGAUCCUGGGUGCACCGCUGGGAACCGUCUACAGAGAGCUUCAGAAACUUUCCAAGUUCGAUGAGCAGAGAACUGCUACCUCUAUCACCGAGUUGGCAAACGCCCUGUUGUACUGUCAUUCAAAGAGAGUUAUUCAUAGAGACAUUAAGCCCGAGAACCUGCUUCUUGGAUCAGCUGGGGAGCUGAAGAUUGCAGACUUUGGGUGGUCGGUACACGCUCCAUCCUCCAGGAGGACCACGCUGUGUGGCACGCUGGACUACCUGCCCCCCGAGAUGAUUGAGGGCCGCAUGCAUGACAAGAAGGUAGACCUCUGGAGCCUGGGAGUUCUUUGCUACGAGUUUUCAGUUGGGAAGCCUCCUUUUGAGGCAAACACAUACCAAGGGACCUACAGAAGAAUAUCACGGGUUGAAUUCACAUUCCCUGACUCUGUAAAGGAGGGCGCCAAGGACUUCAUGUCAAGGCUGCUGAAGCACAACCCCAGUCACAGGCCCACUCUGGCAGAAGUCCUUGAGCACCCAUGGGUCACAGCGAAGUCAUCGAAACCCUCCAGCUGCCCAAACAAAGAGCCCGCCAGCAAACAGUCUUAAUCAGGCAGGGGCGGAAUCCUCGAGCCAGGGCUGCUGCGUAACCCAUCUGCCAGGAACACGCUAUGGAGUUUGUCCUGCGGA